UUCAGGCCACGCUAGUAGCAACUCUGUCUGCUGCGGUAGUUUGGAGACCGAAGGAAGUGACGGGAGUGAAUGAGAAGCGAAAAAAAAUAAAAAUAAGAGGAUAAAAACAGAACGCCAAAUACGAAGCAACGUGUAGCGUUAAGUGCUGUGUUGAGAUCAAGAGAUAGUGUCAGGAUACUAAUUACGCAUAAUUCCAAUAUGCAUAUUAGUCGCUCAGGACGCAGUUUUUCAAUGGAUACAAAGAAGUAGUGGAAUGAAAGGCUGAGAUUGAGGUCUUUGAUCGGCGUCAGUUUACCUAUGCCGAUGACAAUUCACCUCUCGAUUCGCGUUAAUGUUCUGGCAAAUUACAUCAAGAACGGCAUGAAUUCUAGUUUAAAAAUAUGGAAGAGGAACAAUUGCUUGAAUUUAUUUUUUUGUUUUUUACAACGAAUGGGAUAUCUUUUGAAACUGAAAUGCAUCAAUAAUUAGCUAGUAAUAUUGAAUAUAAACGGUUGGAUUUCGAUUGAACUUUCGUUUUUCAUCUGUCAAGUUCAGUUCUGCAUCUUUUGGAAUGUUUGCGAGUUGUAUAAAACCGGUUUCAGUUCCGAUAAAAGCAUUUUUCUUGGCACUGAUAUUUUUAACAGCGUUUGGACUUUGUUCUGAGUUGAAGGUUCGUGUUCGUUUAGCUGACGGACAAAUCACAGAAGAAGUUCUUGAAGCAGACAGCGAAAAAGACUCCAUCACACUUGAGUUCAAACAGGGAGAUGGAGCACUCAUAACAUUUGUCGCUGACUUUAAACAGGAUGUGAAGGUUUUCCGAGCACUCAUCCUUGGGGAGCUGGAGAGGGGCCAGAGUCAGUACCAGGCCCUGUGCUUCAUCUCGCGACUCAACCACAACGAGAUCAUCCCCAGUGAGUCUAUGGCCCGUCUCAGACAGAAAAACCCUCAUGCCAUUCGCUCAGCGGAGGAGAGGCGGGGCCUGGACCAGCUCACCAUGAACGUGGCAGUGAACCUGAGCCGCUCAUGGCAAUUGAGCAGCCACAUCCACAACAUGUGUAGCGAGGCCCAGGAGGCCAUCUAUACCCGGGAGACGGAUGUCAAGCAUUGGCUGGAGAGAGGAGUAGAGGGUUCCAUGUUUGAGAUCCUGCCCCAAGCAGUGGACGUGGUCCCGCCCCUGCUACCGUGUCGCUCCACCAAGGCCCUGUGGCAGCCCUGCCUUUGCAGUUACAGCCUGCGUCUCGAGUGGUACCCCUGCCUUCUGAAGUACUGCCGCAACCGCGACACCACGGGCAAAGGCAGCCCCUACAAAUGUGGCAUCAAGAGCUGUAGCAAAGGCUACCACUUCACCUACUAUGUGCCCCAGAAACAGCUCUGUCUAUGGGACGAGGAGACCUAGGGAUGAGACUGCUCUGAGUCGGAUUCCUCCCAGAAGUGUGGGCCACGUCAGGUUGGGAGAUGCAUAUUAUUUUGAUGCCUUACGUGGGAAAAGAGCUAUACCCUCUCAUUGAUCCCUUUUGCCAUAUAUCCAUGGGACAUUCCUAAAGUUGUGGUAUGUUCAAGUGACCAACUGGGUGACCUUAAGUCACUCUCAAGCGUUUGUGCCAACAUUGGGAAAGUUUCUGUUUGGCCUAGCUAAUAAACAAUGAAAAAAAAAAAGAAAACCUUUUCUAAAGACGUUUAUGCAUCCAGCUGGACACUGCAGCUUCUUUUGGAUGUCUGGACUCAUAGGAUGACUGGCGAAGGAACAACGUUCCCAUUAUGUCACAGGAAAUCGUGGGAUGUAGGACUGGAACAAUCUGUCUGACAAUUACCGAUAUGACAUCAUUAACAACACAGCUUUAGCCAGCUCUCCUCCUGGUCGAUAGCAACUCAGGUUGCCUAGCUAAUGUUGCUCUUAUGCUGGCAUUAUUUAUUUGUUUGCAAGGUAAAAUUAUUGAAGAUUCUCAUGUAUAAAAUUACUCAUCUUAAAUUAUGUUUCUUAACCUAUCUCAUUUUGCCUGUUUUGUUCUCCGAAUGAUAAGCUUUGUUGUUUGCCUCCUAUUCUGCAACUGUUAGCAGUUACCCAGGUAGAUCUGUAGCAACACAGAUAACAUAUAUCAGGGAAAUGUGUGGAAAUUGUAUUCAGAAAACAUUAUGCAUAUUACUGCUUCUCUUUGGGGAACAAGUCAUGAAUCCCACUUCAAAACUGAAGAUCACUGCUUACACCAGAGUAUUUGUAAACUAUCUGGGUUUGACAAAGACUCUCACUUGAACAUCCUUCACAGCUCAAUCACUGAUGGUUAUGAUUCUUCUUUAUCAUUAUAUAAUAUAAAAUGUAGACUAAUGGCGUUGAGUUAUAUUCUAAUAUUGUUGCAAAGUUUGAUGUCUCCAAGGAUGGGCUAAAGUUGCAAUUGAUCAGAUUAUUUUAUUUCCCUAGGCUGAGUUGGAGCUUGGUAUUCAACUCCAUGCCCACACACUUGUUUAAUUAACCAGCUAACUAUUUUCUAAGCAAUACUGCCACCUCCUGGUAAAGCAAUGUGUAGCAUCCAUUCAAAACCUGGUUCAAAUGUCAGUUAUUUUUAUUCAACAUCACUAUGUCUUCACAUCUUGUGAUUAUAUUUCUGAUUUUAAUGAGCAGUCUGUUUAAUUCUACAAUAUUAAUUAAACUGUUCAAUUCCUGUACCUCAUCAAGUAAUUUUACAUCUUGAGUUAGAUAACAUUCAGUAGUAAGUCACAAUUUGUUUUAGUUUAAGUCUUUUGUUACAUUAUUCUAAAGCCAUGUUUGUUUAGGGGUAUGUCCUGACUGACAAACCAAAUGUCAUUUUUUUUUGUAAAAGAAAAAACAAACAAAAAAGAAAGAAAAGAAAAACAACAAAAAAGAAAUAAAUCAAACUGGCCAUUCUAUGGUAACCUAUGUGCCUUAAAACUGAUAUUUUUGCUAUGUGAAACUAGUAUAAAUUCUUAAUUAUUUUUCUAAGAAACAGUUGUGUAAGUUUGCCAAGAACAAUACCACAGAAAAAUGAAGUAAUUUACAAUUCCAAAGUAUAUUUUGUCUAAAAGGCUUCAAUAAAGGCACAUCUUUGCACUGAA